CUAAUUUCCGCAAAUGUCUGCUUAUACCGAUUUCCCAUGGUCGCCCAUUCGGCCUUGUCGAACGGAAAUUAGCCUCACGCGUCAGCAAGGCUGAACCAACCGUCAGCAUGGCUGAGCAACCAAAAAGAGGAUUCGACACAAUGGGCUUUAAAUCACCUACAACAUGGGCAGCACCACACAGCUUACCGCGUUCGAGGCCUUCCUCCAGGGCUACCCCGCGAUCAAAUACAUCCCACCUUCGUCCCCCGAGUACCCUGCAGCCCGUAAGCCCUGGAACGAGGCACGUCUAGACAAUCCAUUGGCUGUGGUCCAGCCUGAAUCGCCGUCAGAUGUCGCUGCUCUGGUCAAAUAUGCGAAGCUCAACUCGCUUCCCUUCACUAUUCGGGCGGGUGGUCACAAUCUUGAGGGCCGCUGCGUCGUUCAAGAUGCCCUUUUGAUUGACAUGCGCGCUUUGACUGCGGUCACAAUCUCGUCCGACCGUAAAAUCGCCACGGUUCAAGGUGGUAUCUUACAGGAUGAGCUCGCCAACAAGCUCUGGGAACAUGGACUAGCAACCCCAACGGGGGCAAUUCCAUCCGUUGGAUAUGUCGGGUGGGCCACGUAUGGUGGAUAUGGACCCUUCUCGGCACACUGGGGUCUGGGCGUGGAUCAAAUUCUCGGCGCUACCAUUGUUGAUUCAAAUGGAGAUAUCGUCAAAGCUGACGAAGCUCUUCUUGAGGGCAUCCGUGGUGCUGGCGGUCUUUUCGGUGUGAUUAUUGAUCUUACGAUCAAGGUCUAUCCCCUUAGCUGCCUCCUGGCCGGGCCGAUCUUGUUUAAUCCCACUGAUAUCAUCAAGACCUGUAUCGACUUUAACGCAGCCUAUGAAGAGCUCCUCAACACCGAGGGUCUCCCUCCACAGCUCACCAUCCAACAAAUCUGUUUCAACGGCCCCAUGGGUCGCGCCUUCGCCGCCCUGUUCUUGUGGAGUGGCGCUGACAUCGAGGAAGGCAAGCGAUGGAGCGAAAAGAUCGCCAGCCUUGGCCCUCUUCUGGUGAAUAUGGUUGCACCUACCACUAUCCCAGAAUGGUUUGUCGCUAACGGCGCCAUAAUCCCGCCAAAACUCGCCGGCUCUGGCUUCUCACACAAUGUCCGGCACAUGUCGCCGCUGGUAGCUGAGACACUUGGACGAAAUAUUGCCAUUAUGCCCUCUGAUCCAGGUUGCAUGAUGUCGAUCCAUCAACUUCGUGGUCCCUCUGCUGGGCCUCAAGAUCACGCGUCUGUCUUUGCAACUCGCGAGCCGCAUUACAUGCUGGAGCUUCUGGGAUUCAUAACAAGUGGCGACCCAGAAGGUUCAAGGCAGUGGGCACUUCAAACUACUAAAGAAAUUGAGCGGGUUGAACCGGAGAAUCUGCUUCCGACGACUUAUAUUUCCCUGUUUAAUUCUGCGAUCCAGGCCAAGUCACCAACCGAGGCGCUUGAAAAGACGUAUGGUUCCAAGGCAGAAUUGUUGAAGGAUCUGAAAGCAAAGGUCGACCCGGAAGGUGUUUUUGCCUUGGCUGUACCGGCUUUGAAGUAAGCGAUCGACUCGACCGUAAGGAUGGACAUGCAUUCAGCUAGGUAGAUGUAAGGUGUGUCGAGAAGUUCCCUAUUCAAUCUGACUUUGUUUGUGAAGUGUUCAUUGGGCGCUGGUAGAGACUGCGUUUCCAACCCCAUAAGGUGUUAGCCACGAGACAGGGCAUAACAUGUCGCGCUGAAGAGGCUGGCGUAAGUAGAGUUCCUUCAGCCAAUGGGAGACUUUGCAAGGAAUAAUGCCAGGAGUGGGUUCAGUUGGACCACUACCAAUUAUUGCUUGAAAUCAAAGUUAGUGCUCUUUAGUCGAGUGGAAUAUGAACUUACAUCCGUGCUUUCAUGGUCUCUAAGACAUGAACCUUCGGUCGGUCGUAAGAAGACCCAUACACAAAAUACCCC